GGCAGUGAUUCUUGAGACGGCGCGUAUUGUGAGGAGGAUCCUCACUCUGUAGCAACCACCGGUUGCUUGGGCACUCAAAUGUCCUGCAGCGGGAGGGUUGAUUUUUUUAUAAAUUUUUAAUAGUGUUUUGUAUUGUAUUUCGUAGUUUGAUAUCGUUUGAUCUUCGCUAGGUCAGACCACCCGCAUCAUUAGCGGUUUUGAUACAACUUAUUAUCAAUGCUCAAUAAAUACUUCCGGUUUUGUAUUUUAUUUUUAUAUCACUUAUUUAAAAAAAAGAACUAAUAAAUAAAUGAGAGAUUAAAAAUGGGGGAAAAUCCUCAUGGACACCCGCCUGACACCAGGUAACAUGUUCUGAGUGUAAAACAUCGUUGACAUUAAGAUUACCAACAUGAGGUGGCGGUUAACACCGGUGCUAUGCCUAACUGUGGUAUCGCUCAGUACCCUGGUAGCAUCGUAUCGUCGCUUCGGGUCUCAUCGUCCUCUAGCUUUCCCCCACUUCCCACAUGUGGAUGACACCAGAGUUGUAUCCAGCAGUGAUUUUACUGCUACCAUUGACAAAGUCCUAGACGACGAUGACGCGGCCGCAAUCGAGAUGACACACAUGCGUGUCCGCUCCGAGAUCUCUAUGCGCUACGCUCGCACGGCCAUCAUUUGCAACGUGUACAACCCUCGAAGGAAACCCCAGGAAGCCAGUUUUAAUUUACUACUACCCGAGACUGCCUUCAUCAGCGGUUUCACUAUGACUCUAGGUAAAGAAACGUAUGAAGCAUACGUAAAAGAAAAAGAAGUUGCUAAAAAAAUAUACAGCGAUGCAGUUUCCCAAGGAGUCGCUGCUGCCCAUAUUGCUACUAAAGCUCGUGAUUCCAACCACUUUACAAUAAAAUUUAAUGUGGAAGGCAGGAGCAAUGCAACGUAUCGCUUGAGAUAUGAAGAAUUUUUAACCCGUCGAAAUGGCGUGUACAACCACGCUAUCAAUCUCCACCCUGGGACUUGUGUACCUAAAAUGGACGUUGUUAUCCAUAUCAAAGAAUCUCAGAAAAUCACCGCUCUGAGGGUACCUGAAUUGCGGUCUGGAAAUGAAAUUGAUGCAACAGAGAAAGAUGCACAAUACGCCAAGGCUAUUAUUAAAAGAGGUAGAAACGAACGGGAAGCCACUAUUAGUUUUAGCCCUGAUCUGGAAGAACAAACAAGACUUUCUGAAAUAUAUGCGGAAAAAUCAAAACAAUCGAGUGACCCUGAAUCUUUGAAUAUCGGCUUCGAUAGUACAGAACAAGUAAAUGACAGUGAGGGUCUUUUGGGACAGUUUGUAGUUCAAUAUGAUGUACAACGACCAAAAAAGGGAGAAAUUUUGGUGAAUGAUGGCUACUUCGUCCACUUCUUCGCCCCUAGUUCCAUGACGCCCUUGAGCAAGCAUGUUGUAUUUGUGCUCGAUACAUCGGGGUCCAUGCUUGGAAGUAAAAUAGAGCAGUUGCAAAAAGCUAUGAAUUCCAUUCUUUCCGACCUCCGCCCAACUGACUGUUUCAAUGUUGUUGAGUUCAACUCUAAUGUUAAAGUUCACGAUUUAAAAGAUGCUGAGAUAUCGUCACCACCUAAUACAUAUUCCUUCAAUUUAAAUUCCCCGGUCGACAUAGUACCACCGGCACUCGCAACACCAGAAAACAUAGAUUUGGCAAGGAUUACUGUAUCCAGGCUUAGUGCCAAUGGAGGUACCAAUAUCUACAAAGCCCUCCACGUGGCUCUAAAUGUUAUACAUAACAAAGAGUCAUACAAAAAUCAAGAAAAUCCAACAAAUAUUACUUCUGUAGAGCGUAAUAAAGGAACAGACAAAAACAAAAAUGUGACAGAGCCUCUCAUAAUAUUCCUAACGGACGGCGAACCAACAGUGGAAGAGUUCGAUACUGAUCGUAUCGUCUCCAGCGUGUCAGGGAAAAAUUCAGAUCGGACGCCCAUAUACACGCUUGCUUUUGGGGACUCAGCAGACCGGUAUUUCCUACGCAAAUUGGCCCUCCGCAACGACGGUUUCAUGCGGCACAUCUACGAGGCCUCGGAUGCAGCGCUGCAGCUGCACGACUUCUACCGACAGGUGUCCUCACCGCUACUCUCUAACGUGCAGUUCCAAUACCCUCGCAGACAGAUAAAAGAAGAAUCGCUCAGUCGCCACCAAUUCCGCACAAUCAACGACGGGUCAGAGGUGGCAGUCGUUGGGAGGGUAGCUGACGGCGUCCAAGAGAUCACGCCGCAAGUUCUUGGAUUGAGAGCCGAAAGUGACGGCCGCGGCCGGAAGCCCUACGAGGUAAAUUCUAAAGUAACAGUGACUCAAGACAAAGAUGAGUACUUGCCAUUGGAGCGGCUCUGGGCGUAUAUGACCAUUAAGCAGCUGCUGGACAAAAGCUAUGCCGAAGACAAAAGUCAGAUCGAUUCAAAAGACAGUCCCGAGAAGAAAGCUCUGGCUAUAGCGCUAAAGUACUCGUUCGUAACGCCUCUGACGUCACUAGUGGUAGUCCGGCUUAACAAAACCGAAGUCGAUGACGUUGUAGACGCUGAAACAGUAGACGACCCAAAAUUUUUGCCGUAUAGAAAAGUAAGACAUUCGAAGCUCCAGAGUCUUACCUACUCGGGUACUAGUACUGGUGACGGAUUAACCGUCUCUUCAAUCGAAGGACCGGUGCUUUUUGUCCAAUCAAACAGACGUCUAACUGGCGGCGCAGCUUCCGGUGUUGGCUCUAGCUAUGGCGGUGGAUUUAGUGGAACCCACUCCGGACAUCACUUUGGCAUUGCGCAUCAUGGCGGCAAAUACGGCCAAUAUGGUGGAUAUGGCCAUAACAGUGGAUCUGGCCAAUAUGGUGCAUAUGGCCAUAACAGUGGAUCUGGUACUAACCAGAACUCUGGAGCAUAUAGCGGCGCCCAGGGCUAUGGUGCAUAUGAAACUAGUACUGACGGAUAUGGAGGUUGGGGGAAUGCAUACGCAAGUAGUCGCCCCUCAUUACCUUUCUCUACCGCUACAACCACGAUCACUAGCACGACAACUGCGAGUGCCGAUCUGCGAACAGUGUAUCAUCUAGAAGGGUAUGAGUGGGCACUCGCUAACAUAAAUGCAAGCGAGGACGCACUCGAGUGGAACGAUGAACGCGGAUCACAAGUCACCCUGAAGCUCUCCAAAGACAGUAAUCUGCCUCAGAACUUCAGAGCGGACUACCAAUGUAAGCGGGAUGAGCCUACACAGAGCCCGGAAGUACGAUGCGUGUACCUCACGCGUUGCUUCGCCGCGCGCAACUACACGCUUAUAGAGUAUCAGUACAACUACUGCUACGUCAACGACGGGUAUUUAUAUUAUGCUGGCGCUUGUUGUCCAAUCAACGAGAUCGACAAAAUACCAUAAAUAUUGUCAAAAUAACCUAAUGUUAAUAUUAAGUUAAUUUUGUAAGUUGUCAGUAUACAAUGGAAUAAUCAGUAAUGUAAAAUAAUUUAAGUAAAUUGAAGAAAAUUAUAUCGUG